AUGGGCUUCUCUCGCGCCUUGGCUGCGGUACUCACUUAUGGGUCUAUUGCCCAAGCCGCAUACGAUGUCUUUGACUAUGUAGACCCACUAAUCGGAACGAGCAAUGGAGGACAUGUAUUUGCGGGCGCAACUCUUCCCUUCGGCCUUGCCAAAGCGGUGGCCGAUUCGGUAAAUGAUAAUGCAGGUGGUUAUGCCUCCGAUGGUGGUCCCAUUACCGGAUUUUCUCAUAUGCACGACAGUGGAACGGGUGGUGGAGCUUCUCUUGGAAAUUUUCCUUUAUUUCCGCAAAGCGGCUGUUCUGGUGGCAUUCUUGAUAACUGCUACUUUACUAAAACUGACCGUCAAUCGAUGCCCAUUAACAGUUCCAUAGAAGCCCAUCCCGGCUACUUCUCGGUUACCCUCAAUACUUCUAUCAAAGCAGAGAUGACCGUAGCCAACAAAACAGCACUAUAUCGCUUCACGUUUCCUGACGAGCCUGUACCAAUGAAGGGUGGUGAUGCGAUGGGCGCAAAUGUUAUCCCAUAUGAGCCAGUGAUCUUGGCCGAUCUAACAGAUCUGUCAGAUUCUAGAAGCAAGGGAAGCGUGAAAGUUGACCCCAGCAGUGGGCGCAUUACUGGUUCUGGCACAUUCAACCCAUCUUUUGGAGUCGGCACAUACAACCUGUAUUUCUGCGCUGACUUUAAGGGAGCCAGCAUCAAAGACACCGGUAUCUUCCAAAACAACAGGGCCGGAACAAACUUCAAAGAGCUCAACACAGAAACUGCGACAGUUACAGGCCCUCCUGUACCUGGAGGCGCUUUUGUUCAAUUUAAUAAACCCAGCAAUAACCAGAUCUUGGCUAGAGUAGGCUUGUCUUUUAUCAGUGUGAACCAAGCAUGCGGCAAUGCCCAAUCCGAAAUUCCCAGCUUUGACUUUCAAGGAACACUUGAUACGGCUGAGGAUUCAUGGAGAAAAAAGCUAGGAGUUGUGCAAGUCGAUAACACAGGAGUGGACACCGAUAUCCUGACUACUUUUUAUUCGGGGCUUUAUCGAUCUAUGCUAUCUCCUCAGGAUUACACAGGGGAGAAUCCACUUUGGGAGAGCAGCGAACCUUACUAUGACUCUUUUUACUGCAUAUGGGAUUCGUUCCGCAGCAUCCACCCGUUGAUUACGCUUGUCGACCCGUAUAGCCAAACGCAGAUGGUCCGCGGACUCAUCGACAUUUACCGUCACGAAGGAAAAUUACCGGACUGUCGUAUGACCUUUUGUAAAGGCUGGACACAGGGAGGCAGUAACGCAGAUGUGGUUCUAGUUGAUGCGUAUUUGAAAGGACUUCACCAAGGUAUCGACUGGCAGACUGGAUACGAGGCGUUAAUCUCGGAUGCCGAAGACGAGCCUGUGAAUUGGGGAAUCGAGGGACGUGGCGGCCUGGCCAGCUGGAAGACGCUUGGGUAUAUACCCACUGAUGAUUUUGACCCCAAUGGAGUUGGUACUUUCUCAAGAUCCAUUUCUAGAACAGUUGAAUAUGCCUUCAAUGACUUCUGCAUUGCCGAAAUGGCUCAGUCGCUCCACAAGACAGCUGACGCGGAGAAAUAUCUCAAGCGCUCUAAGAACUGGAAGAACAUGUGGAACCCAAAUCAAAACUCUUACAUCUACGUCACUAACCCCGAUGGUUCGACUGGCUAUGUCGACAGUGGCUUUUACGGGUUCCUGCAGCCGAGAUAUUUGAACGGCACGUUUGGCUAUCAAGACGCCAUGAUGUGCAGCCCUAUGUACAGGUUUACAGACUGUUAUUUGGUUCCUACUGGCCAUGAGACCUAUGAGGGCAGCAGCUGGCUCUACACUUUCUACGCCCCUCACGACAUGAGUGACCUCAUCACCACACUUGGUGGCCCCGAUACAUUUGUCAAGCGCCUCCAAUUCCUUCACGAGACUCCAAACUUGCUUUACUUUGGUGAUGAACAAGCUUUCCUGUUGGUCUUUCUCUUCCACUAUGCUGGUCGUCCCGGCUUGUCCUCGUACUUUAGCCACUACUACAUCCCUUCACAGUUCAACGCUACCAUAGAUGGCAUCCCUGGUAACGAUGACUCCGGCGCCAUGGGAGCUUUCAGCACUCUUGCCAUGAUGGGUUUGUGGCCAAUGGGUGGACAGAACGUCUAUCUUAUCUUGCCUCCAUAUUUCCCUGAAGUUAGCAUCAAGAAUGGACUCACGGGCAAGACGGCGACUGUGAAGAACAUCAACUUUGAUGGAGGGUAUGAAAACAUUUACAUCCAGAGCGCGAAGCUCAAUGGGAAACCAUACACCAAGAGCUGGAUCACCCACGAUUUCUUUACGAAUGGAGGCGUGUUGGAGCUGACGUUGGGGAAGAAUGAGAGCAGCUGGGGAACAAGUUCGUCUAGUCUGCCGCCUAGUUUGGAUCUAGACAUUUAG